AUGAGAUUCGAACAAGACACGACGUGCAGGGGUACCCACUGCGCCAGCACUCCAUUACAGGCACCUCAAAAAAUAAGACCCAAGGAAGAGGUGGAGGUAGUGGACGGUGUCUUCUCGGCCUCUCAGGACAACCGAGUGUUGUUGCUGGACAAUCACCGGCAUAAUCUAAACAAUCUUCAGCAGCAGCACCACCAGCAACAUCAGUCUCACUUAGGAGGGAACAGAAGGCGACUGUUUGAAUUGGAGGUAAAUAACACACUAGAGAGUGCCAAUACGGGGCUCAGGGGGGUGGCGGGAGGGCCUGGGAUGGCGUAUCCUGCAUCAGCAGCCGGGCCGACACUUAAUCAGCACUCGGCAUUCUCAUCGAUAAACAAUUCGGCGAGCGGCAACGGGAACGGUCUUCUUUCAUCCAGCCAUUUACCGGCACCAGCGGCUCCUCGGCCCACUGACUUCAGUGUUUCUUCGCUGCUUACUGCUGCCAAUAACCAUCCCUCGCAUCUUGGUGGAUCCUCGUCUCAGGGGAGCGCUUCUCCGCCGCCUGGUGGACCUGGAAGUCCCGCCGCUGCACCUGAAACGCCUCCACCGCAUAAUAAUAAUAACAAUAAUAAUAAUAAUAGUAGUAGUAAUAAUAAUAAUAAUAAUAAUCACCGUGACCAAAUUGGACAUUCGGCGGCGGAAGCGGCCGCGGCUAAUUAUUUUAACGCGUUAGCCGCCGCGGGUUUUUGCAAUCCCAGUGGUGUACAUUUGGCGCAUAAUCCUAAUAAUCCACAUCAUCUAUCGGCCAAGGGGCUACUUGGUAGUCCUCAUCAUCAUCCGCAGUUUAAUCUACACGGGAUUACACCUCAAGUAUCGUUCAUUUAG